UUACCGAUAAGAGAGCCUAGUUUUUUUUUCCUUAAAUCUCCCUAAUUUUCCUUCAAAUUUUCCGGAGAAACUAACGCUUCCAAAUACCAAAAAGAAAAGGAAAAAAACUCAAAGUAACGGCCUUAAAAAUACGUAUCGAACAGAACACACGAAUUUUAUUCAAUGUGGUGGAGAUCGGCUUCUUUCAUUCUGGACAGACAGCAACAUCAAAACCGCACCGUUGCACCGAGUCCCGAAUCCUUCCUCCUGUCAUCUCCUCCUCCCAUGGCUGAUUCUCCCCUAAAUCCUAAAUCUAACAUUUCUGCCUAUUACCAGACCCGUGCCGCCCACCACGCCGUUGUAACGACCGAUUGGCUUGCUCAGGCCCAGGCGGCUGUCGGCCGUCAUUCCGACGACGAUGGUUCGCUGGGAGGUGAUAAGGGAGCUGCCCGGAUUGGAGGAGGAGGAGGAGGAGAAGAAGAAGGAAGCGGGAAGGCGUUUAGUGUUAUUGAUGAGUUCAAUAGCUGGAGGAAACAGCCUGCUUUGGCUGAGGCUGUGGCGGCUAUUCGCGCCCUUGCGGCGGUUAUUAGGACGAGUGGGGCUGCCACUAUGAUGGAGCUUGAAAUUGAGCUUAAAAAGGCUUCUGAUUCGCUUAAAUCGUGGGACACAACCUCUAUCUCGUUGACAGCUGGUUGUGAUCUCUUCAUGUUGUAUGUAACAAGAACAUCAGCUUUAGAGUAUGAGGACUUUAAUUCAGCUAAGUCUCGCCUGAUCGAACGUGCAGAGAAGUUUGGGGAAAUAUCUUGUAAGGCUCGCAGGAUUAUUGCAAUGCUAAGUCAAGAUUUUUUUUUUGAUGGUUGUACCAUUUUGGUACAUGGUUUCUCUAGAGUUGUUCUCGAAGUAUUGAAGACAGCAGCUGAAAACAAGAAACACUUUAGAGUUCUCUGCACAGAAGGAAGGCCAGACAGAACUGGAUUACGAUUUUCUAAUGAGCUGGCCAAGCUUGAUGUUCCCGUAAAGCUUUUAAUAGACUCUGCUGUGGCAUACACUAUGGAUGAGGUGGACGUGGUACUCUUUGGAGCUGAUGGAGUGGUUGAAAGUGGAGGUAUCAUUAACAUGAUGGGGACAUUCCAGAUUGCAUUGGUGGCACAUAGCAUGAACAAGCCUGUUUAUGUGGCUGCAGAAAGCUACAAGUUUGCUCGACAUUAUCCUUUGGACCAAAAAGAUAUGAGUCCUGCGCGACGCCCCAUUGAUUUUGGGGUACCAAUCCCAUCCAAGGUUGAGGUAGAAACAUCGGCUCGAGAUUACACUCCUCCUCAAUAUCUUACUCUACUCUUUACAGAUUUGGGUGUGCUUACUCCUUCCGUGAUUAGUGAUGAGCUCAUUCAACUAUAUUUAUAGUGGCGCUUCAAUGUAACUUCUUAUUCUCAAUGUGAAUGUCUGUAUUCAAUGCUUUAGAAUUCAUUUUGGGGCUUUUAUUUUUUUUAUGUAUUUGUCGAUUGUAUUUUGAGCAAAACAGUAAAAAUUUUGUUUAAUCCUUAUAAUAUUGACAAUUUUAUUUUGGUUUUCUAUGAAAA